ACUAUUUUGUUUUGCUGCAAACAGGCCACCAUGACGCAAACGCAUGGUCAUGCGAAGUUAUUUGCUGAGAUUUCCGCGGCAGUAAUGCUGGACUAUCUGCUGUUUGGGGGCAGAGCAUCCUCAGAGAGGUGUGUUUGCAGCGUGGCGUCAUUGUUUUUCAAGCUCGCGAUCAAUAGACACUACCGAAGAAGUAGAGUCUGCGUGAGCUUGAUUUCAUCUUGAGAUGCUCUAUGAACUGGUCUGCAGCACGCAGUGAGCUGGUACGCGAGGCAAAUGGUUGGAUCGGUGUUUCGAGAUGCACUGCAUCGCCCGAAAUCAAACCUUCGCUGGCUGCAGCUGGGACAUACCCUGCUACAAGGCGAGGCGCCAUCGUUUGCCUUGCUUUGAAGAUGCUGCUCUCUCUUGAAGAUCUUCCAGAUGAGCUUCUCAUUGAGAUCUGCUCUAAUUGCACGCUUCAUGAUAUGUUCGCAUUGUCCAUGACAAGCUCCCGAAUGCGUGCGAUCAGUCAAGAGCUGCGGAAAGGCCUGCACUGCAUAAACGAGCUUGAGGAACAAUCUCUUUGGCACAAUUACUCCUUGAACCAUUAUAUUGUGCACGACCGCAUGCCCGGGCGUAUUCGCACGCACGCGAAGCACAAACCCUGGCAUCCAAGCCAGAAUGAGUCAGGCUGUCCACUGGAGUCAACGGCUCUGGUAUCUUAGCUCGUUGCUUGGCAUACUUCUACUAUGCGCAGUGCCCGGGGCGAGUUGUGACUGCUCCUCGUAUCGCCAACUUUCGCAAACUUGGAAGGA